AUGGCUGCUGCUGAAAACGUGUUGGCGGUUUGGAUUGAUGGAUUGUAUCUGGGACCAAACGAAUCUGUUUUAAUACCACUAAAUAUCUUCGACUUGUGCAAGCGCGUGAUGGACCCGGGCCAUGACAAUCUUGGAGAAUCUAUGCUCUUUCAUUUUUGCGUACAAUCAAAUGUGAAUCCGACGGGCUUGACCGUAGACAACAAUGGUCCUCAGCAAGUCAGUGGCCGUUACCUGUUUCGUCUUUGUUUGAAAGUUGCGCUCAAUAAUGCCUUUGUCGAAGGUACUCCGGCUGGUGGAAACACUGAACGCCAAGUUCAGCUGCUUGUUGACUGGCAUGAUGAUGGCUUUCAUUAUGCUGGCCCAGUGCCGGCAGCUGAUUCACGACCUGUGAGGCAGUACCUUCCUGUUGGCAACCGUAACAACAUCCACAACCAAACUGUGAAAAAUGCGAUUUUGAACUUUCGUCGAGUUUUAUACUGA